AUCUCUGAAAAUGAACGAGUCCAAGUACCAUACGAGGGUCUUUCGGUCAAAGGUAACGUAUCGCACUAUGCGUGAGCAUGCCAUGAACAAAAAGGCGUCUGCUAGAAUUGUAAGCGCUCUAUCGAGUCGAGGUUUUUUGUAGCCCGCUACUGUCCCGUACAUUGCCGACGACACGGCGGUGAUAUUCAUUUUGCCCAGGGCCCGAUGACCUGACUUUGUCUUUCUGAAGGUCAAAUUAAGUGUCAUUUGAGCUGCAAACAUGGCGAAUUUCGUGAACAUUUUCGAGUCUGUGGGCGGUGUAUUUGGAGAGAUGACGUUGGCGACAAUGAUUCUUGUUUCAACGAUCUUUGUCCUUGGAAUUGCAUGGGCAUUUAAGAGUCUUCUUGGACCACAGAACAAGGACAUUAAACUCCCCCCUCGUCUGCCGGCCGGUAUUCCAUUCCUUGGCCAAGCAGUGGCUUUUAACCAGAGUCCUAUUGACUUUUUGGAGAAUGCCUAUGAAAAGUAUGGAGAUGUAUUCUCCUUCACGAUGGUCGGCAAGACCUUCACCUACCUGAUUGGAUCCGAGGCCAGUGCUCUCCUCUUCAACAGCAAGAAUGAGAACCUGAAUGCGGAAGAAGUCUACAGCAAUCUGACUGUCCCUGUCUUUGGGAAAGGCGUGGCUUAUGAUGUCCCCAAUCCAGUGUUCUUGGAGCAGAAGAAGAUGCUUAAGACCGGUCUCAACAUCCAGCAGUUCAAGAGACAUAUACCACUGAUAGAGGAGGAGACGAGGGAGUACUUCAACAGAUGGGGGAACAGUGGAGAAAAGAAUCUCUUUGUUGCUUUAUCUGAGCUGAUCAUUCUGACUGCUAGCCGAUGUCUGCACGGGAAGGAGAUCCGGAGUGUAUUGAAUGAGGAGGUAGCUCAGUUGUAUGCGGAUCUUGAUGGUGGCUUCACCCAUCUUGCCUGGCUGGCUCCUAGCUGGAUACCAUUCCCAAGCUUUAUAAGGAGAGAUAGAGCUCAUAAGAAAAUCAAACAAAUAUUCUACAAGGCCAUCGCCAAACGACGCGAGACUGGAGUUGAAGACGACAUGCUUCAAACGCUGAUUGAGUCUCGUUACAAAUCAGGGCGCCCUCUAUCCGAUGAUGAGAUCGCAGGGAUGUGUAUAGGUUUGCUCCUAGCUGGUCAGCAUACUUCAUCUACCACCAGUGCUUGGUUAGGAUUCUUUGUUGCUAGGGAUAAAGAACUUCAGGAACGUUGUAUAGCAGAGCAAACCAAAGUGUGUGGGGAUAUAUCAGCACCGGUCACAUAUGAACAGCUGAAAGACAUGCAGUUACUGGACAACUGUAUAAAGGAGACACUGAGACUGAGACCACCUAUCAUGACCAUGAUGAGGGUUGCUAAAUCCUCCUUGACCUACAAAGGUAUGACCAUUCCUGCUGGCCAUCAGGUGUGUGUGUCACCAACGGUCAAUCAAAGAUUGAAGGACAACUGGAUGCCAGGACCCAAGGAUUUCAACCCAGACAGGUUCCUUGACGAGAGCAAAUCCAACAGCGAGAAGUUCUCCUACGUACCCUUCGGGGCUGGCCGCCAUCGAUGCAUCGGAGAGAACUUUGCCUACGUUCAAAUCAAGACCAUCUGGUCCAUCAUGCUGAGGAUAUUUGAGUUCGACCUGGUCGACGGCUACUUCCCUGACAUUAACUACCAAACCAUGAUCCACACCCCUCUUAAUCCCAUAAUCCGGUAUAAACGUAGGGAGGAACUAUCAUGAGCAGGGGUGGGAUUUGGAAGCCCGUUAUUGUGUCAAGCUCGUGCAUCAGUAUUGUUCUUGUGUCUGUUGUAGGAUAUUUUUUUAAUUGUGAAUGGAUGGUCUGUGAUAGCAUAGCUACUAAUUCCAGGAAGAAAUAGUAAGAACUGAUGCUCUUUAACACUGUUAUGUCUUUUUUGCAAUUUCAACAAUGGAGGACAUGUUACCACCACAUGUUGUAUUAAGAAAUGCCUCUUCAAACAAAUAGUAUUUCUAUGGAUGUUUAAUUAUUCAUUGAUGGACAUUUUCUAAAUUAUUAUUUAUGCCACCGCACUGGAGGUUUCCCCGAGUAUCUGACUCAAUCAGUUCAUUCCCACAAGUUGAUUUUCUAGUACGCCCAUUGAAUACUGAAUUCUGAAAUUCACAUAGAUUUUGUAAAGGGACCAUUCUGUUCAAGUAAGCAAUGGGUUAAUAAUGAAACAGAGAGCUUGAUGUUGUGUAGUGUGUGAUAUACUACCUCAAUGAUGACAGCCCUCCCUUUUGCUUAUAUAGGAAAUACAUAGGAAAAUGAGAUUUAUGUUCCCAGCAGUAACACACACCAUAUUAAUAAGUGGUGUAUGGUAACUUUAUUUGACACUUCACUUUAAAGUAUUAUGCUAAUAGUUUCUGGGUUUUUUUUAAAGCAAAUGUGGUAUGAAGAUGAUUAAGUGAAGUUUAACCAUCCAUUUGUCCAUGACAAUGAUUUACAUGUUACAAAUCCUUGGCAGCUGCUGUAAUGAAAACUUGCACUUUAGGGAAGUCCUACAAUUGUAAAUAUUGGUGUUUACCCCACCCCCUUCCCCCCAAAAAGGUAAAGUUAUGGAUGGGUGUUCCUUGUUUCAUGAAGAGAAUGCUGCUUUUCAGGUAAAACCCCAAUUCUAGGGACAAGCACUGAAAAUAAAGUUGAUAUCAACUAUACCUUGGCAAGAUUAUUCUUAAAGAGUAUGGGGGGGGGGAAUGAUCUUCUGUUUUAUUUUUAUGCAGGGUAAUCAGGUGUUUCAAUCAAUUGCAGAAUUAUUUGUUUGGGAUGGUGUUAUUUUUUCUUUGAAAUAUUGGCAUUUCAUAGAUUAAACUGAAAAAUUAUUCUUUUCUAUGAGCCAAAUGGUUUUAACUUAUUCAUUGCAAAAAUGAUAAAAGUUGUGCUCAAAAGUUAGUAAACCCCACCACAAAAUGCACUCUUUCAUGCCGAAUGAAGACAAUAGCACUACAAUGUUGGCAAGAAACAAAGUUAAUAAUGCAAUAAUAUUCUAUCAGCCAACUUCACAAUUAAUAUAUCUAAAACAUGGCAAAAUUAAGUGGUAUUUUAAUUUUCUGGUGGGAUAACUUUUGAGCACCCCUGUAUAUGGUGGUAUGUUGCGUCAUAGCAAGAACCUGACCAAAUACAAUUAGCAUCCAAGCACAAACAAAAUACUACUUCAUAAACAUUAUUUCCAUUUUGUGUGUAUUUUUCCAGCACAUUCAUUUAUUUCAGGAAUGUUGUAUUGUAACAUUUCCACAUUUGUUUACUUUUUUUCCCUGUAAACACAUUUUGUUUUAUAUCUUUGAAGGCACCAUAUAUAAUUAGACGUUCAUAUGAACGAGUGUCCAUAAGUGAAAAUAAAAUGACAUUAAACUACGAAUGCCUUUAUACUAGCAUAGCUACAACUUUACAAACAUGUAUUCAGGUGUGUGGGACAAAGUAAUUACUAUUUGAUUCAGGAUUUGUUACAUAAACAUAACAUAAACCCCCCUCCAAAUUUGUAAAACGUUAUCCAUACUCCUCAUCUUGCGUAGUAAAAGGAAAAUACGAAUUUUACAAUUGAUCUUAUUGAUAGGUGGAAAGAGCUUCCACGCACGCAUUUUGAGACCACCGGAAACAAAUUAAUCUAAAGUAACAAAGUAAAAUAAAAGGUAAAGCAUGCACAAAGUUCUAAACCUUUUUCCCAGUGCGUGAGCAUACGUGGAGUAAUUUACGCAAUGGUAUUGUCCCAAAGUAAUCCAAAAAGGUAAAGCACGCACAAAGCUUCACAUAUGUUUCCAGUGCGUGUGCGUAUAUGGAGUACUUUAAGCAUUGGUAUGGCCCCAUACACUGUUUAGUAAAUUGCCGAUUCGUCUAUUGCCAACUCGACCACUCACCACAGGGUCUACUUUCAUCUAAGUCUAAUGCCAUUCCGUCCAUCAACGUUUCGUCUGACAACCAUUUGGUUCAAUAAGCAUUUGGUCCAAUCACCACUUCUUCUAAUCACCAUUUCGUCUCAUAACCAGUUGGUCUAAUAUCCAUUUCAUUUUCAUUAAUUUUGCACAUUUAACACUUAGUCCAAUUAGACCAAAUGGUAUAUGGACUUAAUAGCUAUUGGACCAACUGGUUAUUAGACGAAAUGGUGAGUGGACGAAUUGGCAAUUAGACCGUGUGGACAGUGGACGAACCGAUAGUAGACCGAAUCAUAGUAGACGAGAUGACAAUUGGAUGAAUUGGCAUUAGACGAAUUCGAAACAAACCCACUGUUUACAAGUGUUUAUUGUGUCAUGGAGUCAUUUUCCUUGGUCUCAGAGGUCAUGUGUACGAGCUCCACCCAGCUUAUGGAUAAAAAUGAUUGAUCUAGAUAUCAGGGGGGUGUUUCACAAAGAUUAAGUAUGACUUGGAGUCGCACUUAAAUGUCUCGUUGCACACAGUAUAAAAGGCAUUGGUUAGAUCAUGCCAAGAGGAUGCGCAUUACUGCGUAUUGAUCAACAAGAUUGCUCAUUGCAUAUCAUGUAUACGUCGGCAUUUAAAAGCAACUGAAGUCUUUGUGAAACACCCCCCCCCCCCCCCAGAUGUCAACUUGAAGGUAUACACAUGAAUUAUGUCUGGAUCAGAAUGAUGGCAAUGAGCGAUCAAAAUACUGUCCAAAUUAAAAACGCAAUGUACAUUCAAUUCUA